UUAUAUUUUUCGAAUUGCAUUUGGGAUGUAGCCUACGGCAUUGUCAGAAGGCCUAGGGUAUCCUCGCGGUCUUUCACCUUGGCUGUUAAUCAAAUCUCGAAAUAGGACACAUCUUUUAACAGUGGUGCUUUCGACUACCUCUUUUGAAACGUUUCCAGGGUCCGUCUUUUGACUCUACAUGGGGCACGCGCGGACACGCGUGACUAUGCGCCCCGCAUGUCUUUGGGCAAGUUCAGGAUCACGUCCGAGUCACUCGCUAAACAGCAAAACUACACAGCCAGGUGGUCUUGGGUGGUGAUUUCCGGAAGAGUGGGUCGUCUCUGGUGGUCUGACGGAAAAACCAAGACAGAUGGAGCGUCUAUGACGUCUGAUUGGCGUUAGAGCAAACGUCACAGCGCAAGUUUCCCGCCGUUUUUAUUAUCUGGGAAAACACCUGGCCCGACUAUCUGAGGACAUAUCCAAGGCUGAAUCAUUAUUCUAUUUUUUUAAAUACAAAUUUGACCUAUAAUAUGUUGUGAUUUAAGACAUGUAGUAAAUUGUACGACAAAUGUCACGUAUCGUAAAAUUUGCGCCAUGUUCAAUCAAUACCCCGUCGCGUUGGCUUCGACAAUGGCGUGUUUUGCUGACACGAACGUGCCCCAAGCCUCUCCUGGGCCGCUAAAUGGGGACACUGGCACGACAACUCCGGCAAACUGGCUUAGGGGUACAUUCUAGUCAUGCUGAGAUCUGCCACAUGCAAAUGGUUUGGUUAUUUUGGUCUUUACUACGAAAGCUUGCUGUGUGAGCUAGACGACCUUGUUUAGUCUAGCGAUUCUCGUUUUUCGAGUGGUCUUGUCCUAUUGGGGGGCCGCGUGACUGCGGUGCUGUUUUCUUAUCUACUACCUCAGAGGGACGAACCGAACGUGUCAAGGCUCAGAAAAACACUUCGGAGAAAUUUCUUCAAGGAGGUAGAGAGACAGACACCUGUUCCGGAAUCUACGUGUCGUAUACAGCGCUCGAAUUUGCAUACUUUUUCGGGAACCAGAUGUGGCCGGGUGGUGGUCUUUACUGUUAUAAAGGUGUCGCUUGUCAGCGUGCCUUCGUUAUAACGGACUCCGGCACGUCUAUAUAAACACUGGAGAGGCGUGGGUGAGAUUGUACUAGGAGAAAAACAUACAGAGAGUGCUGGUGUAGGCGGCCGGCGCUUCAGGCUAACUUGACUCCAUUCUGCGGUCACGUCGGAAAAUACGUCAAAGGGGCGUGGUGUCAAAACAACAGGGGAAAGAACUCUGAAUGACGGACACAAUAACAGGAAAUUUACAGUUGGAGCUUUUCCCACCGAGCAGCUUCAUAGUCAAGCGGGAGGCUUGUCUGAUCACUACGGAGAUGAACGCCGUGCCAACGUGACUCCUGACCCAGAUGUAUGCAUUCACCGCCGGCUGGUAACAAAGUACAUCUCGAAAAACAAUAUUUGCCGAGAACAGUUCAGCAAACCGGCGUGAAACAAUCGGUUGGUUAGAAUCAGAAGAGAAGAAGACUUGUUUGAAGCAUGGCAGCUAGAAUUGCUCUGCUGGGCUCUUUCCUCGUGCGCGCCUGUCUGGCAGUGACGGUGCCGCCGACUGGCUCAACGCUCCACCUCGGAGUCUGUCCCCGAUUCUACGUAGACUCUCUGAGCACCUGCAACAAUAGGUGUCUAACGGACGACGACUGCCGCGAGCAGGAAAAAUGCUGCAACAACGCGUGUGGAGACAGGAGCUGUGUGACGGCGGCGGAAGAGACCGUCCCUACCACCAUGACCACAACGACUAUGGAGGACAGUUUAGCGGGGACAUGUAGAGGGUAUGACUGCAUGCAACAAGGCGCCGUGUGUACGGUGGUGGACGGCCGGCCGAAGUGCAUGUGUGAAUCUCUGUGCCCCGUCGACAAAGAGCCGAGCUUCGUGUGUGCAUCGGACGGCAUGACUUACUUCAACGAGUGUUACAUGAACGCCACGGCGUGCGAACUGGGCAAGGCGAUAAACGUGGUUCCGUGCAAGGCGGUUAUCCGUAACACCGGAGCGCCGACGUCGACGUGGACGCACGAGGUCCCGAGCAUCGUCCCGAGCCAGCCCGCCACCUCGGCUCCGAUCAUCAUAUCUGAACCUAUCAUUCACAUGGUCCGCGAGGACGACAACAUAACGUUAGAAUGCCAGGUCUCCGGCGUGCCAACGCCAAGAGUCUUCUGGCAGAAGCAAGGGGACACAAACAUUUUGAUAGGGCCGGGAAAUUCUUUCCACCACUUUGAAGUGUCUGAAAUUGGGGCAUUGACUAUCUCCUAUAUACAGAUGGAGGACCAAGGAAACUACACCUGCGUAGCGGUAAACGUGGCCGGGGACACCUCCGUCGAGUUCCCGGUAGAAGUCAUUCCAACGUCGACGCCCGAGCCAUCGACGGACGGGUCUACGUUCUCCCCGGAGGACGUCUGUUCCCUCCCGAAGGACGAAGGGUCUUGCGAAGACAGCGUCCCCAAGUGGUACUACAACCAGGAGCGACAAGUGUGCGAACGGUUCGUCUACUCGGGCUGUGGCGGCAACGACAACCGGUUCGACAGCAUCCACGAGUGCAUCAUGGCGUGCCCCGAUGUAACGGCCGCCACGUGUCGGCUCCAGGCAGCGGCCGGUCCCUGCAAGCGGUACCGAACAAGGUGGUACUACGAUAUCAGCAAGGGCGUGUGUUCCUGGUUCAUCUACGGUGGCUGCCAGGGGAACGACAACAACUUCGUGACCAUGGAUAGCUGCAACGACGCCUGCCCGUACCAUGUCGCCAACGCCUGCCACAAGUGUCCCAACCGCUACGGCAUGGUCGAGUACUACUGCAUGAGCGACUUUGCCAUCGUGGGGACAGUCUUAGAGAUAAUCGACUACAACACGGACGAGCGACCGAAGGCUGUCAUCAUGCUAGAAGAUGUCUACAAGGACAAUAUGGGCAUGUUUGAGAGCGCGGAAUCGGCCUUCGCUCUAGAGAUUAGUCUGAAUUUCACCAUGCGCCAGCCUUGUCCGUGUCCCGAACUGAAGGUGGAAGAAAAGUACAUUAUCAUGGGCACGGUACAAGACGGGUACCCAAUGGUCGAGAAGGACAGCUUCGUAAAGACAUUGAGCGAAAAGAGGAAGCAGCGCCUGAUGCACACCUCCAGGUCAACAAACGUCUGCGAAAACCUAAAGGCGUAUAAUUCGGAGGACGACAACCUGGGAGAACCAACGGCUGACGGCUCGCUGCCCCCCACCCCCACACCCCCUGACAUGGCUUCCCCACGGUCACACACGCAUAGGGAAGACACUAGUGCAGACAGGCAGGACAGGCCAGACAUUGAGGACAGUGCCGACACGGACGAGUUCUGGUAUCUUUAACUGCUGUCUGGGGACUGGGCUGUAUUAGGGCGCGGUCACAUGUAGGCCGUGCGUUCGUCGUACGAUUUUGAUGGCAUAGGAUUUUCAAGCAGGCUGUGACAGAACCAACCACAGGGAGGGAUCCAAAGCAGCCUUUUUGAGUACCAAUACAAUUGAACUUUGCACGACACGUACAUGGCUGUCCUCCAAAGUGUCCGAAGUUAGUCAUCGAUCGUACGACCAUCGCACGACCUUUGUGACCCGACACAAGAUCCGGUUUCCAACCAAAGAUUGCAUUGCUGCAUUUACCCCCUUCAUGAUCAUUGAAAAUUUACAAACAUGUACCUCAGCUUACAAAAACAGUAUUUUCCAAGGCUGCUUUCGGCUUUUCCCCUUUCAAAUCAUGGUUUGCUUGCCCUUACAAGUUUGGGUCGGAGAAACCUGUGAAGUUUUUCAGGAAUCGACCAUUUGAAAAGAAAAAGAUAUCUACCGAAUGACCAGUCAGGCGAUGGAAAAAAAACAUACUCAGUACAAAGUUUUAUUGAGACUUGUUUAACAGAAAGAAACCAAAUUAUACUCAGAAAUUCCUAGCUUGUGUUUCAUCAAUCAAUUUGUCAAUGACCGAAAACGUAAGGUGUCUUGAUCAGUAAUGUAUUUUUCAUUAGGGCAUUGCCUUGAUUCUGUGAUUUGCGUCAGGCCCCAUGGACGACGUUACUUACUGUUUUUUUCGGACCACAUGUUACCAGAGUGACACGGCAAAAUGUGCUGCCUUGGCAAACCUGCCCCGGGGUCUGUACAAAAACACAUGGUCCACUCUAACCCUUACCAGACAUCAAAUACCCAAAUCUUCAGAUCUAAAUAAAUAAAAUCUGGCUUGUGACAGAGUGGCAAUGAUCAAAGACUUUCCCAAAAAAGUCUCCCAAAGAAAUGCGGGCCGUAGGAUUGACCUUGACUUUGUUAUUUCAAACCACAUGGUGGUUCUCUACCUGAUUUACGUCCGAACCUCAAGUGUGGCCGUCCUAGAGGGAGACCGGGCUUGCACCGACUUUGAUCAAGUCCCAACAGAAAUGUGUUGGUCAUAGAAUCGGGUCAAGAAUCUCUCUAUCUGUCCAUCCAACCUUCGGGGCUUGUUAUACAAGGUGGGAACACGGGGAUCUCUCCCUGGCAGUCAGACCAUAUGCAGAGCACAAUCUUAGCCCCAACUCUUUAAGAUGGUGAUUACCCCCCCCCCCAUAAAAACAAAACAAAAUUGAAUUCACAACUGGACUAGGUUGCAUCAUUCAAAAUUAUGAUUUCAAAGACAACAAAACAUU